AUGAGGAGCAUCUCCACAAGUUAUCCUGACAUUGCUUAUCACAUAAAGGAGAAAGUGGCAUGCCAUUUGGCUCAAAAUGCCUGUGUUUGCCACGUGGAUGAAGAAAAUUUUCACCUACCAUUCUCCAGUCUGCUCAACCCACCUGUAUGGGCUCAUGAUCUCCAGCAUGCCUUCUUAGAAAACCACCCUGAUCCUGAUGGCAUAAAACGUAAUAGAGUUCAGGAGUACGGCAACUUUCGUAGAAGGUCCUACAGCCCUGCAGAUGAGCUUAUUGUAGCCAAGGCCAACAGUCCUCUUCAGUACCCCAUCCAGGGCGUGGAGGUGCAACCCCUCAAAACCAUCAUAAUCCCUGGCCUAGGUCUCUGGACAGGAGCAAGAUCAAACUAUGAAGUGCACUUUACUGCAUCGAUGGGGACUUUUGAUGUUGCUGCCACUGUGGACAUGGUCUCCAUUAAAGGAGAAGGAGAGAAGCGCAUGACACUCUCAAGUCCUCUUCUGCCUUCUCUUAAUAGGCAGCUCCAAUUUGUCACCUAUACAAACAACAUAUUCCAUCCAAAGACGGCUGAUUCAAUACAGUUUGAAACCGAAGGUCACCAGUCAUUUUUUACCAUCAAAGUUGGACACAGAAAGGUUCCAAAACUUUACAACUCAGGAUACAGUGAAGAUUAUAACAUCACUGCUCUGGUCACCAUAGCCACAAAGACUUUUAUUCGCUAUGACAAACUCAAAGUCCUUAUUGACAGCAUAAGGAAAUAUUAUCCCACCAUCACCAUAGUGAUAGCAGAUGAUAGUAAAGACCCCCAGCCAGUGACCGGUCCCCACAUAGAACAUUACAUCAUGCCAUUUGGAAAGGGUUGGUUUGCAGGAAGAAAUCUAGCUGUAUCUCAAGUGAGUACAAAGUAUGUCCUUUGGGUGGAUGAUGACUUCAUCUUUACUGGAAACACCAAGUUGGAAAAGAUGGUGGACAUCCUAGAGAGGACUACUCUGGAUCUGGUUGGUGGUGCAGUCAGAGAGGUCACAGGUUACACAGCCACAUUUCGCCACACAAUUUCUGUGGAAGACGGAGGAGAGGACGGCGAUUGCUUACACAUGAGACUUGGAUACCACCAUGUCAUUGAGGGUUUCCCCAACUGUGUUGCAGCAGAUGCUGUUAUCAAUUUCUUCAUGGCUCAGACAGAUAAAGUGCGACAGGUUGGCUUUGAUCCACGACUGUCAAGAUAUGGUCAUCUAGAGUUUUUCAUUGAUGCUUUGGGCUCCCUCCACAUCGGUUCAUGUAGUGAUGUCAUUGUAAAUCAUGCUUCAAAGAUUUAUCUACCCUGGACAAAAUCAGAUGGACAAAAGGCCUAUGAACAUUUCCGGUACUCGUCUACUGGUGGGCAUGAUAGCAAUGAAAUAUUUUACUUUAAAAAUAGGUUCAAGUGCAUGACCAGUCAAUGACUUCAGAGCUCAAGGUGAGGGGAGGAGAUUGGCACACAUCACAGGUAAAUGAGAAAUGCUUGAACAUUUUUUUUCUUUGGUAAU